AUGCUGUUUUUCUUUGCUAAUCCAACAUUAUCUGCUACAGAGCGAGCAAUCCCAUCAUACUGGCUUAACAACUGGGACAAGACAAACCCAGUUAUUGGUUACUGGAACACAGCUCAAAAAUCUUGGACAGUAGAGCCAUCAAUGCAUCCAGGAAUCAAUCAUCUCAAAGCUUAUGAUGACUUAACACGCGACGUAAUUACAUCUGAUUCAUUUGCUGUUUCAAUUGAUGGACAAAUUUACGGAAAUGAUAUGCUUUUCAAUAAUUCUCACCUCAGUGGUUGUGUACAAGAGGUUGAUGGUGAGUUAUUUACUACAUAUGAUGCAUAUGGAACAGACAAAAUGCCAAUAUCAAUCCGUCGCUCUUUUUAUAUGCCUCCACAUGAAGAAUUUUACUUAGUGAAAUAUACAAUCAAGUCUACUGAUGGCAAUUCCCAUAACAUCAAGCUCCUCGAUUAUGUUAUUUCAGGAAAUGAUGAAAAAUGGACAAAAGGAAGGUGUUCUGGAAAUAGCUGCCUUAUGGAUCGUAAGGAAUCAAACUUAGCUUCAGUUGCUAUCUCAAUCGAUACUAACUACAAACCAUUAAAAUCAGUAGGAAACAGUGAUUUUAAUGAUGACUCAAACCCUCUCAAGUAUUUCGCUGCCAACGGCGUUAUCCAAAAGUUUACAUCAUAUAACCAAGCAUCAGUUUCCUUUGGAGCUGUUUACGAGUUCACAAUUUCACCAUCUAAGGAAACAGUUGUUACUUCGAUCAGAUCUUUUGGUCGUACAACUGUCGAUGCUGUAAACCAUCUAACAAUGGCAACAGUUCUCGGUGUUGACGCAAUAAUCAAGAUGACAAAUGAAAGAUACACUCAAUUCCUUUCACAAGGUGUCCAAACAUCACUUACAGAUGAUGCUCUUGAUUUAUACAAAAAAUCAAUCCUUACUCUUAAAAAUUCCAAAAUCCGGCGAAAGGAUUAA